GGCGCUACCGGCCGCAGGGUCUAGUCGGUGCCGGUGCCUUAGCAGCAGGGCCUGUCGAGUCUGUGGACGCCGCCCUCGGCCGUCGCUGCCCGCCGCUGCAGCCUCGCGCCUCUGCGGUUCCUCUGGUCGGCCUCGGCCUCGGCGCCUCGCGCUAUGGCUGCUUCUCGCGGCGUCCGGCGGCCGCUGCUGCUGCUCCUGCUCGUGGGCCUCACGUGUGGUGCCGCGGCGGUGUUUGAGGUGAGAGACAGCAACGGGACAGCUUGUAUCAUGGCCAGCUUCUCUGCUGCCUUCGAGACCAGCUAUGAGAGUGAGCCUGGCCCCAAGAAUGUGACCUUUGACCUCCCGCCUUCUGCACAAGUACUGAACAGCAGCUCGUGUGGUGGAGGCAAUGCCUCCGAGCCCAGGCUUGCCAUCGCCUUCGGAGAUGGACAUUCACUUACCCUCCAGUUCACACGGAACACCACCCGCUACCGCGUGCAGCACCUGCGCUUUGUGUAUAACUUGAAAGACUCACGUACCUUCCCCAAUGCAAGCUCCAAGGAAGUCAAGACUGAGGACUCCAUAACUGACAUUCUGGCGGACAUAGACAAAAAGUACCACUGUGUCAGCGCUACCCAGGUGCACAUGAAGAACGUGACUGUCACACUCUCCAAUACCACCAUCCAGGCCUACCUGUCCAACAGCAACUUCAGCAAGGGAGAAACGCGCUGCAAGCAGGACAUGCCAUCCCCGACCUCCGUGCCACCUGCACCACCCACACCACCCAGCCCCUCGCCCAGCCCUGUGUCUCCGAGCCCCUCCACGCACAGGUACAGUGUGAGUGGCGAUAACGGGACCUGCCUGCUGGCCAACAUGGGACUGCAGCUGAACAUCACCUAUGCACGGAAGGACAACACGACCGUGACCAGAGUGGUCAACAUCAACCCCAAUGCAACUACUGCCGGGGGGAGCUGUGGUGCCCAGGUGGUGUCCCUGCAGCUGAAGGAGAAGAACAUGGUGCUGGUCUUGAGCUUUGGCUUGAAUACGAGUGCCAACCAGUUCUUCUUGCAAGAAGUCCAGUUGAACAUGACUGUCCCUGAUGCCAGAGGGCCCAGCUUCCACGCGGCCAACAGCUCACUUAGAGCCCUGCAGGCCACUGUGGGGAACUCUUACAAGUGCUCAGCUGAGGAACGGCUGCUUGUCACGCCCACCUUCUUCCUCAACCUCUUUGGUGUUCAGGUCCAAGCUUUCAAGGUCGAAGGGGACAAGUUUGGGUCUGCGGAGGAGUGUCUGCUGGACGGCAACAGCAUGCUGAUCCCCAUCGCUGUGGGUGGCGCCCUGGCCGGGCUCGUGCUCGUCGUGCUCAUCGCCUACCUCAUAGGCAGGAAGAGGAGCCAUGCAGGCUACCAGACGAUCUAGAGAGGGCAACGGGGUAUGCUGCAGACGCUGCAGGCGAGGCCUCUCACGUCCUGGGCGUGCAUAUGUGCGUGCGUGGCGUGGAGGGAGGCACACUUUCUGGCAAACUUCUCAAAUCUGCUUAAAAUGUGAAGUUCAUCUUGCAGCAUUUACUAUGCACAAAGAGUUAAUAUUGAAAUGACGGUGUUAAUUUUGCUAACUGGGUUAAAUAUUUUGCUAACUGGUUAAACGUUAAUAUUUACCAAAGUAGAACUCUGCAGAGGGCAAGAAUGCUUUUCUGAAUUGGCAUGGGCUCCAUUCAUUCGAUGUUUUAAAAUUUGGUGUUGGUUCUUUUAUUCUUUGCUCAGAUUUAGGCCUUGCAGAUGUCUGGUCUGAACAUUGCAGACUGACAGGCGGUGGCUGAUCCCUAGGCCGGCACGCCAAGGAGUUCAGACCAGCGGAGCAGGAAACUCCAUGGGCACUGGGGGCAUCUGGAGGCUUGGUGCAGCUUUAGGUCAAGAGGGCCAGGCCCAGCGUCCAGCCAGGCAUGGCCUCGGUGUUCCCACACCCACUGCCUGAGAGCCGCUGCUUUUCUAGGUGUUGGAAGGGUAUUAUUUUUGUUCACUUGUGAUGUGGUUUCUGGUCUUCUGUUGGCAUCAGGUAGCCCUGUUGUGCACUGUACACUGAUGGACUUGCUCUGCUGAUGCCUCUGCUGUGCCCAGUGGCUGGAAACAGAGCCCGGCUCUGUGAGAUGCAUUGCCUGUAACGAUGCUAAUAAACAGUCUCUUUCUUUGUC